AUGCACGCGCUUGAAGCGCAAGAUGCGCUCCAUGCGCCGGCACCGGCAACCCCGGAGGACGUGCACCACCUCGCCAAGGGCAAACCCGGGUACUGCGCCAUGCGCGGCAACUGCGGUCGCGCGACCAUGUUCGGCGCCGAGCUCCCCUGUCCCGACGAUGGAAAGGCUGAUAAGAUCUCCCCCGACAUCUCGAAACUGCUCAAGCAGGUGUGCGGCUCAUCUUACGAGAUACCCUCACACGUAUGCUGCACCGUCGACCAGGUGCAGGCGCUCGGCGACCAGCUCUCGCAGGCUGCUCCGCUGAUUGCCUCCUGCCCUGCCUGUAUCAACAACUUCCGCUCGUUCUACUGUGACUUUACAUGUUCGCCAGACCAGGCGCAGUUUCUCAAGGUCACGCAGACGCAAAAGACAACCGAGGGCAAGGACGCAGUGAAGAGCGUCGACUAUGGCGUCAGCAGCAACUUCGCCGAGGGCUUCUUCGACAGCUGCAAGAGCGUUCAGUUUGGCGCAACGAAUGGGUUCGCGAUGGACCUCAUUGGCGGCGGAGCCAAGAAUGCUUCUGCAUUCCUGAAAUCAGGAGAGUACCAGCGCGAGCCGCUCAACUGCGCCGACGUCAACAACCAGAACGCUCACUGCGCCUGCGUCGACUGCCCCGACGUCUGUCCCGCGCUGCCUUCUCCACCAAGCCACGGACAAUGCACUGUUGGCGCGGUGUCGUGUCUGACCUUCUCACUGCUCAUCAUCUAUUCCGUCUUGCUCCUCGCCGGUAUCAUCUGGCUCGCGGCUCGCUCCUUCUGGUCCCGUCGGAAAGCGAGCUACGAGCGGGUCUCGCUCGACGCUCCGCUGUCCCCGACCAUUUCCGGGCUCGACGGCCUCGUCGGCCGCGGCGAUGACUCCGAGUCCGGCCCCUCGGGAUCCGUGCACUUCCGCCUCGGUCGUGGCGCCUCGCUCUUAGACCCCAUGGAGCACAUGCAGCCGAAGCAGAAUGCGAUUAACGCCGCGCUGCGGAGGUUCUUCUACCGCCUCGGUCUCGUCUGCGCCAAGCGUCCUAUCGCCACAUUCGCCAUCUGGGCCGUCAUCAUCGCGGCGCUGAAUGUCGGCUGGAAGGACUUCUCGGUGGAAACGGACCCGGUUCGCCUGUGGGUCUCGCCCUCGAGUGAGGCGGCGCAGCAGAAGGAGUUCUUUGACAAGGAGUUUGGGCCCUUCUUCCGGUCAGCCACAAGGACGGAUCAACCCACGCUGGAGAAGGUCUGCUUUGCGCCGGGCGGCGACGCCUGCGUCGUGCAGUCGAUCUCUGCUUGGACCGGCUAUGAGCUCGACGACGACUGGGCGAAGCGCAUCGACCAGUGCGCAAAGCACCCCGCCGAGUGUCUGCCCGACUUUGGCCAGCCGCUGGACCCGAAGCUGGUCCUCGGCGGCGCGGAGGGCAACUGGCUCAACGCCUCCGCGCUCGUCAUCACCUACGUCGUGAACAACUACGAGGAGGGCGACAAGCGCCUGAAAAUGCCGGAGAAGUGGGAGCGCGGCCUCGAGUCCUUUAUCGGCAAGCUGCACGUACCCGAGGGCAUCAGGCUGUCUUACUCAACCGGCAUCAGUCUCGAGGAGCAGCUGAACAAGAGCACGAACACGGACGUGCGCAUCGUCGUGCUCUCCUACCUCGCCAUGUUCCUGUACGUGUCUUUAACGCUUGGUCGCGGCAUCCCGCCGUCCGUUAUCGACUCGCUCAUUGCGCACGGAGUGCACCACAUCCAGUCCGCCGCGCACAAGGUGGGCCUGCCCGUCGAGGCGCCUAACGCAGCCACGCUCCCCGAGUUUUCGCUCUGGAGCAUCCCCGCCUCGAUCCUGAUCAACUCAAAGUUCUCCCUCGGCCUGUUCGGUAUUGCCAUCGUACUCAUUUCCGUGGCCUCUAGUGUCGGCCUCUUCUCGCUCCUCGGUAUCAAGGUCACACUCAUCAUUGCCGAGGUCAUUCCCUUCCUCGUCUUGGCCGUUGGCGUCGACAACGUCUUCAUCCUCGUGCACGAGCUGGACCGGCAGAACAUCCUCCACGCCCCGCCCGUAGACUUCAGCGACGACGACGACGCCGUGAGCGAGCGCACAAGCCUGCCUGCCGAGGAGCGCGCCGCGCGCGCCGUGGCCAAGAUGGGCCCCUCCAUCCUGCUCAGCAGCACGACGGAGGUCGCCGCGUUUGCGCUGGGUACGCUCGUGCCGAUGCCCGCCGUGCGCAACUUUGCAAUCUACGCUGCGGGCUCGGUCCUGCUCGCGGCGCUGAUGCAGGUGACGGUGUUCGUGAGUGCGAUGACGCUCGACCUGAAGCGCGCCGAGGCGAUGCGGAUGGACGUCGUACCGUGCGUGCGUAUCCGCCCUCCGGUCGGAUUAUACGACGAUGCGCCGGCCGCCGAGGACAUCGUGACGCGCUUCGUGCGCGUGAUCUACGCCCCGACGCUGCUGAAGAAGCAUGUCAAGUUGCUCGUGGUUGCGUUCUUUGGCGGAAUCUUCGUCGCCAGUGUCAUUGGCAUCCAGCACAUCAACCUGGGAUUGGACCAGCGCCUCGCCCUGCCCGCCGACUCCUACCUCGUGCCAUACUUCAACGACGUGGACCGGUUCCUCGACGUCGGCCCGCCGGUGUACUUUGUCGUCAUGGACGACAACGUGGCCGAGCGCAGGGGACAGCAGGAGCUUUGCGGCCGCUUCACGACGUGCGAGGAGCUGUCCGUCGUGAACACGCUCGAGGCGGAGCGCAAGCGGCCCUCGACGUCAUACCUCGCUGCUCCGCCCGCAUCCUGGAUCGACGACUUUUUGCAAUGGACCAACCCGGCCUUUGACAGUUGUUGCCGGGUACGCAAGGCGGACCCGACCCAAUUCUGCCGCGCGAGAGAUAGUGACAGGCUGUGCCAGCCCUGCUUCAAGGGGCACGAGUGGGACAGCACGAUGAAUGGCCUCCCCGUCGGCACAGAGGUGGACCGAUAUCUGCGCCAGUGGCUUGCCUCGCCGGCAGACGACAACUGUCCACUGGGCGGGAAGCAGGCGUACAGCAGUGCGCUAGCGCUGACGAACCACACCGAAUACCCAGUGUACACGUCGCAUUUCCGGACAUUCCACACGCCCCUCCGGACGCAGAAGGACUUCAUCAGUGCCCUGGCCUCUGCGAAGCGGAUCUGCGCCGACCUCGCGUCAAGAGGCAUCAAGGUGUUCGCGUACAGCCUCUUCUACGUCUUCUUCGACCAGUACGCGUACAUCGUCCCCAUGACGUUUGAAGUGCUGUGUAUCUGUCUGCUCGCGAUCCUGUGUGUGUCCUCGGUCCUGCUCGGCAGCUGGCGCACAGGCGCAACAGUCACGUUCUCCUGCGCCCUGACCGUCAUCACGGUCAUGGGCGCGAUGGGAUUCUGGGGCAUUUCGCUCAACGCCAUCAGUCUCGUGAACCUGGUCAUUUCGCUGGGCAUUGCAGUCGAGUUCAACUCGCACCUAGCCCGCGCCUUCAUGGGAAGUGGCGGGUAUGACCGUUCCCCCUCAAAUAAAGAGAGGGACGAGCGCGUGUGGGCCGCGCUGUCCGACGUCGGCGCGUCUAUUCUCUGCGGCAUCACCAUCACGAAACUGAACGGCAUCGCCAUAUUGGCGUUUACGACGAGCAAGAUUCUCGAAGUGUAUUACUUCCGUAUGUGGCUCGUGCUCAUCAUUGCUGGCGCUGCGCAUGGUCUGGUGCUCCUGCCCGUGUUGUUGAGUUGGACGGGAGGUCAGGGGUUCGCCAUUGAGGAUACGGACGAGGAGUGGGUGACGAGCCAGAUGCAUCGGCCGGGGGAGUAUGAGUAUGCGCCGUUUGCGGAUGAUGAGGACGACUAG